GGAAGUACCGUUGCCCGGAUGUGACGCCACUGACUUGCGCAUUGGGGGUCAGAGGACAGCGAGAUUCUCGCCCUGAGCAAGGCCUGCUAUCGGUGGAGGGAAGCAGGCCCAGGCUCGGUGGCAAGGCAAGGUUCUCAGGUGACAGGCCGACAAGGAAGACUGGAGGUCCCGGGGCAGCACUAAAGGAGAAGAUAUGCCUGUGGGUCUCCAUUGUCCAGCUCCUGCCCACACUCCUGCCUGCUGUCCUGACCAGAGUCAGCCUGCCUCUGGAGCAGAGGAGUCAGCACUGCAAGCCUAAGGAAGGCCUUGAGGCCCGAGGAGAGGCCCUGGGCCUGGUGGGUGCCCAGGCUCCUGCUACUGAGGAGCAGGAGACUGCCUCCUCCUCUUCUACUGGAGUGGAAGUCACCCCAGGGGAGGUGCCUGCUACUGAGUCACCGGGUCCUCCCCAGAGUCUUCAGGGAGCCUCCACCCUCCCCACUGCCAUCAACUACACUCUCUGGAGCCAAUCCGAUGAGGACUCCAGCAACCAAGAAGAGGAGGGGCCAAGCGCCUUUCCUGACCUGGAGACCGGGUUCCAAGCAGCACUCAGUAGGAAGGUGACUGAGUUGGUUCAUUUUCUGCUCCUCAAGUAUCGAGCCAGGGAGCAGUUCACAACGGCAGAAAUACUGGAGAGUGUCAUAAAAAAUUGCCAGUACUUCUUUCUUGUAAUCUUCAGCAAAGCCUCCGAGUACUUGCAGCUGGUCUUUGGCAUCGAGGUGAUGGAAGUGGUCCCCAUCGGCCACUUGUACAUCCUUGUCACCUGCCUGGGCCUCUCCUACAGUGGCCUGCUGGGCGACAAUCAGAUCAUGCCCACAACAGACCUCCUGAUAAUCAUUCUGGCCAUAAUAGCAAGAGAGGGAAACAGUGCCCCUGAGGAGAAAGUCUGGGAGGAGCUGAGUGUGUUGGAGCU